GGAAGAUGGCGGUCUGCGUUAUUUUACUUGCGUUGUGGCAGACUUUAUCGUGUUAGUUUUCAUUGACGCUGCUAUUCGUGUAGACCUGCCACCGUGGUAUUUCUAGACUAAUUUUUAGAUAGCUAAAGUGAAUUAUUGUGUACUAGUGUAUUGUGCGUGGUUGUUCUUUUCAUAACCUUUAAUUAACGAAGUCAGUUCGUCUGGUGCCAUUUCUUUUACCGAAAUUAAUGCUAUUUCGGAUGUGGUAUUAAAUAACUUUAGAUCAAUUUCGGCUAAGUGUCAUGCUAAAUGAUACGAGAUAUUCACAUACCUACUCUCGGAAAUGUCUGUGCAUUAUAAGUUCAAAAGUGCAUUGGAUUAUGAUACAGUUACUUUUGACGGACUUCAUAUAUCUGUAGGAGACCUAAAAGCUGCUAUAUCACAACAGAAAAGAAUCGGAAAAACUUCCGAUUUUGACUUGCAGAUUACUAACGCGCAAACGAAAGAAGUUUAUGUGGAUGAUAAUACUUUGAUCCCGAAAAAUACAUCUCUGCUCGUUGCGAGGGUUCCUCUUUCACAACAACCUAAAAAGCAGUGGGAAGGAUCCAACAGUAAUACAUCUACUCAACACAAAGAUGCUGCCCUUAACAAGGGAUUGGCUGAUCUGUCUCGCAUGGAAGGUAGCGAACAGGAUAAAAUAAAUGCUAUGAUAACACAAUCUACUUUUGACUAUGAUCCUAGCAACUACCAAAAAAUUAGAGGACAAAAUCAGAGAGGUGUUGUGCCAAAUAACUAUAUUUGUUACAAGUGUCAAAAGCGUGGACAUUGGAUCAAAGACUGUCCUAUUGCUAAUUCAGCUGACCCUGUAGAAGUAAGACGAAGCACAGGAAUACCUCGGAGUUUUAUGGUGCCAGUUGAAGGCCCAAAGGCACCAGGCGCUAUGAUGACCCCAAGUGGAACUUACGCUGUGCCGGCUGUUGAUCGUGAAGCGUACUUGGCUUCAGAAAACGCUGGUGGAGCAGAUACCCCUACUAAUGCUCCCGCAGCACCGGAGCCCAAUAUACCCGAUGAGUUGAUCUGCAGUUUGUGCAGAGAUCUCCUAACUGAUGCUGUUAUGAUACCGUGCUGUGGAAACUCUUUUUGUGAUGAAUGUAUAAGGGGCGCAUUGUUGGAGUCGGAAGAUCACGAAUGUCCUGAUUGUCGUGAAAAGGAGAUAGCCCCAACUACACUCAUUCCAAAUAGGUUUCUUAGAAAUUCGGUGUCAUCCUUCCGCAAUCAAACUGGUUAUAGCCGGAGGACUCCGCACCGUCCGUCAGCUCCACCGAUGCAGGCGCAUCCUCCGAUGAUGGAACCACCUGCUGCUCCCAUGCAGCAGCCACCAAACGGAGGUCAGCCUGCUAUGCCAAAUAAUGGACCGCCACAACAUAACGUGAAGCCACCGGGUCUGGAAGCUCCUCCUAUGAUACCUUUGAAUCAGAUGCCGAGAAUAGAUGAACAAAGAGCUAGCACACCGACCAUUGAUGAGAGGAGAGACAUAGGGUCGGCACAGGUUGUCUACAAUCGUGGGCCUCCUCAAUUUAUUCCCGGUGCUCCACCCCAAUCACGGCGUUAUAAUAAUCCGCCGUACGACAGACAUGGCCCACCACGCGGCCCCUCCAUGCCUUUCAACGAUCGCUAUCCGCCGCCCGAACCCUACCAGCCUCCUCCGCCCGGAAUCAAAGAUUCGCCUUCAAACGGGCACGGCGAGGACCCGCUCGAGGCGUUCAACCGGAUGAUUCGCGAGAAGGAGAUGCGAGCGAAGCGGCGCGAGGAGGAGCGGCGCCGGGCGCAGUCGGGCUCGCGCUCGCGUUCGCGCUCGCCGCGCUCCGUGCGCUCGCGUCCGUCCCGCUCGCCGCGCUCGCCGCGCUCGCCGCGCUCGCCGCCGCGCUCGCCGCCGCCGCCGCGCGCCCGCCCGCGCAGCCGCGGCUCCAGUCGACUCCGAUACUCUAGGUUCGUUACGACAAGCCACGCUCGCUACGCAUGCUCGUUACUCUUAACGCUUUCGCACGACUCGCUUGAUGCAUCGUCACAUUACCAUGACACUCGAUGUAACAAACCGCUGUCGGACUAG